UGGGUAAAUGACAUAAGCUACGUGUUGUAGCUUUAUCUCUGUCCAGCCAAAUCACACUGAGUGAGGUUAAAUCGUGUCAUUUCGAACUGGAACACAUUAAAAACGAUGAGAAUGUAGAAAUCAAAAGAGGCGAUGAAGACUAGGUGGAGCAAACAGAGGAAGGAGGGAAAGUUGGAUGAAGAAGCUGUUGUUUGCAUAGCUGCUGCAAGGAGACGCUAACCCAGCUAGGUUCCAGCCACUGACGUCACAUGCCGCCAUCUUGAUACUCCCUGCUCUCAUAGAGUGAACUUUAAACAUGCCGACCUGUGUCGCAUUUGGCUGCAACAACAAGCAGUUUUCUGGCUGUGGGAAGACGUUUCACAGAUUUCCACACAGUGAUGCUGCACGGAUGGAACAGUGGGUGCAGAAUGUGAGAAGGAAAAAGUGGCAGCCAUCCAAGAAAUCUGUGCUUUGCUCUGAGCAUUUUGAGGAAGCAUGCUUUGACCGCACUGGCCAGACGGUCCGACUCAGGGAAAGUGCAGUUCCAACCUUAUUCAACUUCCCAAAGUGUAUUCAGAAGACUCCAAAGCCUCCCAGGAAAGAUCCGGCGCCCAGACAGAUAAAACCAGAACCAACACCGGCUCCGCAUCCUGACCAGGAGGAAGGAAGUUCCUCGUGCACGACAGGGGAUGCAGUAGUGCAGAAAGAACACGUUUACUCCAUGAGUGAUAGUCCCAUCAUCUUAAAAAGGAAGCUGGAUGUGGCUUUGAACGCCCUGGAAUCAACAAAGAAAAAACUGAAGUACACGCAGCAGAAAUCGAGGCGGCUGGAGGAGAAAAUUGAAUCGCUGAAAAGGUUGUUGAUGAACUGAAAAAGAGACGAUUAAAUUCAGACAAAUGUGUUGAACUCCUGAAAGAUGCAAACAGUGGUGUUCCAUUGGAGGGUAUGGGCAGAGUGGUGAAGAACAAAUGUAAGCAAACACCAUUUUGAUAUAUUUUUAUUUUUAUUUUGUUACUGAAAUGUAAGUUAUGUUCUGGAAUAUAUUUUAUGUACAUAUGUAUGUAUAUUUCAUUCUGAAUAUGAACUAAAUGUGCAACUUACAUUAUUAAAGGUGUUCCAUCACUGGAUAAUGUGUAUGUUUGUGUACAUGUGUGCAUACAUACUUGUAUCUAUACUAUAUGCAAAUUCUCAAAUUGUUGUAAUAUGAGCAGAAAGCAAAAUUUGAAUUUGAUGUUUUCUGCUAUUUUGCCAAUAUAUGUGAUAUUGUUAGUGUAGAAACUAAACUAUGUGCAGUUAUUAAAUUGGAUCAUUAACUCUUUUGUAAAUCUGACAUAUUUAAAGGCUAAUGCGCAGAAACAGCAUGAAAGUUUUCGGCAUCAUGCUUGCUCAACUUGCAAAUAGAAAAAUACUGUAGCAUUAACAGACAUGUAUUGUAAUUCAGCAUUGAUGUAAAAUCUUGAAAUUAUAUGUAAUUACAAUGUAAUCAUUACAUGAACAUCAAUUUAGCACUUUUGACAGUGUGUGUUUGUGUAAUAUUAAUAUCUAAGUACAGUAUUAUGCUCCAUUAACACACAAAUUUUUCUGUGAUGGAUUUGUAUAUGUAAUAUUGCACGAUUUCUAGACUUUAUUGACUUCAUACUGACUAAGCAAUGUGAUGUGCCUAUUUAUCAUAAAUUACGGUAAUCUACUGAUGCAAUGAAACAGCAAGUGUGCAUCAAAGUGAUGACUUUAUUAUUAUUUUAAAAGUCUAAAGCCCCCCUGAAAAUGAGAAAAUCUUUGUUGUUCGAUGCUGUUGCGCACGUAUUGUUCACAUUCCAACAAGGGAGUACCAAUAUGGUGACUGGUGACUUCAGGGCAAUGUGUACUACCAACGGCCAAUCGGCUAUCCAAACAAUAAAUAGAGAUUAGUGGUUCCAAUACAGCAGAACCAAACCACGUCGUCAACCCAGCAUGCAUUGCACAGGUGAUGAAAUGGUGACCGCCAAUGUUAUUUAAACUCAUUGCAAUUGGUGGUUAAAUCCUAAAGCUUGGCAGA